AGUUUGAUUUGGUAUAUUCCUAAUUGGGACAUUGGCAACACCCGGUGGCAGAUUUACGCGUUUUCUCGCACUUUCUAAUAGAAUUUGACCACUGUCAGAUAAAAUGGAGAUAAACUUGACCGGCGUCAAACAAAGUAAAGGCGUCUGGCUUGUAAAGGUUCCAAAGUAUUUAUCUCAGCAAUGGGACAAGAGCACAGAAAAGGGAGAAGUUGGAAAGAUCACCAUCGGAAAGAAGCAUGGAAAAACAGAGGUGUGUUUCAGCCUGAGCGAGGAGCUGACUGCUCUGGGCGCUGUGGGGGACACUGAUGGAUUCCUGCAGGUCCCCAAGGACUAUCCCUUCACUAUGCACACCUCAGGUGGACAGACCAUGGCUGUCUUCAGCCAGAGCAGCACAGAUGAGCUGAGUCUGGAGGGGAUGGUGGUGCACAGGGCUGAAUGCAGACCGGUCGUCAGCGACAGCUACAUGAAGCUGAAGAAGCAGCAAAUCAAAGAGUCCACCAAGCCUCAGCGUUUGUCGCAGCAGCUGGAGAGAGCUGUCACCACGGUCUUCAAGCCCGUGGCCAACCACGAUUUCAACCUGGAGUAUGAGAAGAAGAAGAAGACUGAGGGGAAGAUGGUGCGAGCUGAGCGGCAGGUUGUGUUGGACAUGCUCUUCUCUGCCUUUGAGAAGCACCAGUAUUACAACAUUAAGGACCUGGUAGAUAUCACCAAACAGCCCGUGACGUACCUGAAAGAAAUCAUGAGGGAAAUUGGGACGUACAACAGCAAGGGCCCUCACAAAAGCACCUGGGAACUGAAGCCCGAGUACCGACACUACCAGUCUGCUGAGGAGGAGGAGAUGGAGACCACCUAGAGUCAUCGGGGGCCUCUGAGCCUGAGCACUGUUGUUGAUCACCCAGAGGUGCUGCAUAAAUGUCUGCAACACAUUGUUUUCAAUACUUCCAGUAUCUCACUGUUUAUCUGCACAUUAUCUAAAAAAAAGGAAAAAGGUUCAAGUUUUCAAGCCGAUAUCUUGGUAGAUAAAAGUAGAAAAUGUAAAUGAAACUGAAUUACUUUAAAUUAUUCAGUGGGCUUUAAAUUGUCCUUGUUGAAUGUGGUUGUCUAGAAGCUGACAGUGAAGAACAACAAAGUGCUCAGGUUUUUGAAAAAAUAUAACUGGGAGUAGUUUCUCUUUAAGUUGAUGUCACAGUAAAAAGUAGUUUUGCAUUGAAGCCUUGUUCAUAUUUACUUUUCUCUUCUGCUGUGCUUUUAUUUCCUUGGCAGUUCAGUGUAUUAUUUUUAUUAUUGAUUAUUUAUAUUUGAGUUUGAUUUCACUUUCACAGACCCUCACAUUUACUCUAGACAGAUCAAAUAAAUGUGGUGCAAGUUGUGAUUAAAUUUUUUCUGAAGCUUAAGCAUACACUCUGAGCAGUAAAUGUGAAAUAUCUGCAGCAAUAUGAACAGAAUAAAUGAAAAAACAAACGCACAGCAGAAUGA